GUUGUGUGCGUGAGACGAAAGAGAAGAAAGGGUAGCUGUAAAUUAGGAACAACCCAUCUGUAAAAACAUUGGAUUUUCCUUCACUGAGGUUGGCAUAAUCGCCCCCACUUCUCUUCUUCUUCGUUUUCUCCGCGCAGUCAUUGUUUCCCCCCCACUUUGUUCUUUCUCUGUUUGAUGAAUUUAUGUAUUCUCUUUCAAUUUCUCCAUAAACCUUAAUGGGUUCAGUCAAUUUCACUCCCAUUCUCGUCUUUCAUCGAUAAGUUAAAACAGAUCUUAGUUCCUUUCUCCACUCUCUCCUGUUCUUCUACUAUCUCGAAAUCCUUCCACCAAAUGGCAAAUGCAUCUGGGUUGUUUUCGCCAACACUUCCCAGCUUAAAGAAACGGGUGUAUCCAUCUAUAGGCUUAUACCGAUCCGAUUUAUCCAAGAGAGUAUUCUGUUCAAGCACCAUUGAACUGGGUUCUGGUGUUUCCCCUUCAGAAUCUCGAAUACCAAAGUUAGUCAGUAAAGGAUGUAAACUUGUUGGAUGUGGGUCUGCUGUCCCUAAACUUCAGGUUUCUAAUGAUGACAUUUCGAAACUGGUUGAUACUUCAGAUGAAUGGAUAUCUGUUCGCACAGGGAUCCGUAACAGACGAAUUUUGUCUGGACAGGAGAGUUUGACUGAUUUAGCAGUUGAGGCAGCAAAGAAAGCUCUUUUAAUGGCAGAGACAGAUCCUGCUGAUCUUGAUCUAAUUCUACUAUGUACUUCAACUCCAGAAGAUCUAUUUGGUGGUGCUCCUCAGAUCCAGAAGGCAUUAGGGUGCAAGAAGAAUCCACUUGCUUUUGACAUUACAGCAGCUUGUAGCGGAUUCAUUCUUGGCCUUGUUACAGCUGCAAGUUAUAUUAGGGGAAGUGGCUUUAAAAAUGUUCUUGUGGUUGGUGCUGAUUCUCUUUCUCGGUUUGUUGAUUGGAACGAUAGAGGGACUUGCAUUCUUUUUGGUGAUGCUGCUGGUGCUGUGCUAGUUCAGUCUUGCAGUAGCGAUGAUGAUGGGUUACUUUCGUUUGACUUGCAUAGCGAUGGCGAAGGACAAAGGAAUUUGAAUGCUUCGAUCAAACAAACUGAAGUUGAUAAUGGUUCGGCCCUAAACUUCCCACCAAGACAAUCCUCUUAUUCAUGCAUCCAGAUGAAUGGUAAGGAAGUGUUCCGGUUUGCUGUUCGUUGUGUGCCACAAUCGAUUGAAGCAGCUCUGGGAAAGGCAGGCUUAACUUCUUCAAACAUAGACUGGCUACUUCUUCACCAGGCAAAUCAGAGGAUCAUUGAUGGAGUUGCAACUAGGCUACAAAUACCACAAGAACGGGUUAUUUCGAACUUGGCGAACUAUGGGAAUACAAGUGCUGCAUCGAUUCCGUUGGCUCUUGAUGAAGCUGUUCGAAGUGGGAAGGUGAAACCUGGGCAGACUAUUGCAGCUUCUGGUUUUGGAGCUGGAUUAACAUGGGGUUCUGCUAUUGUAAGAUGGGGAUGAAUGUGUGAUGAUGGUUUUUAUUUUGGAUUUUGAAAUUAGAUCAUUUUAUUUUGUGUUUUGAGUUCAGACUUCAGAUCCUGUUACAGACUUUUUGCAUCAUCAGUAAAAAUAAAAAAUAAAUCUUCAUAUU